UUUAUGUUGCAGUUAUUAAAGGGUCAGCCAGAAUGAGGUCUCCUCAGAGCCUGUGUUCUAAAUUUAUUGUCCACUGGCACAAUAGAUAUAGCAGGUGCAGUGGGGGUGGAGAGGAUUGCAUGUCAAUAAAUAGACCCCCUGGACAGGCUGAUUAAAUCCAGACCUUGCUGUCACUUAUCUGGAGAUUAAAUCUUCCUAGAGAAGCAACUGGAUCAAGAUGGCAGAUGAAGAGGAGCAGACAUAUACAGAGACUGUUGACGAGGUACUAGAGGAAGAAGAAGAGGAAGAGGAACCAGAACCAGAGCCAGAGCCACAGCCGCCAAAGCCCUCACCUGCUAAACAACAUGGUUCAGCAGCAGCAUACAGAAACAUACCAUCACAUGAGAAGGUGAAAUCAAAGAUAUCUGCAUCUCGAAAGCUCCAUCUCAAGAUACUGAUGCUGGGUAAAGCCAAAGAAGAUCUUGAUAAAGAAAACAUGGAACGAGAGGAAGAGAAGAAAAAGUACCUGUCUGAGCGUGCUCACUCCCUUCAUUUUGCAGGACUCAGUCUUGCAGCUUUGCAGGAACUCUGCAAAGAAUUGCACCAAAAGGCACAUAUUGUUGAUGAGGAGCGUUAUGACAUUGAAGCUAAAGUUAACCAUAAUGCUGCACAGAUUCAUAACCUUAACUUGAAGAUUCUGGAUCUGAGAGGAAAGUUCAAGAAGCCCAACCUCCGCAGAGUCCGAGUUUCUGCAGAUGCUAUGCUGCAUGCUCUGCUGGGCUCAAAGCACAAAGUGUCCCUCGACCUGAGAGCCAAUCUGAAGUCAGUUAAAAAAGAUGAGUCUGAAAAGGUCCUUCCCCUGGAGGUUGGAGACUGGCGUAAGAAUGUGGAAGCCAUGUCUGGGAUGGAAGGCAGAAAAAAAUGUUCGAUGCAGGAGCUGCAACUGGGCAGUAAUCCACUUGAAAGAUUCCUACUUGCUGAAUGUUUCUCAAGACAAAGUUAUUGCCUUCUUUGUUGGAAUGCUAGCUCAUAUUAUAAAAAAAUGUCUUGGACAGUCCGGUGGAAAAAUUACAUGAAUGUAUACAAAAACACACAUUGCAUCAAACACAAAAUGUGUAACAGGGCCUGGAAAUGAUUGAAAAACAACUCCAGCAAUUCUCUUUUGUAAAAUAGUGAUUUCAUUAAACCUUGCAUUCUGUAAUGCAAACUUUUCCUCGGAAAUAUUCUUGGUAAAUCUGCCGGUUUGUCGAAAUUAAGGUACCCUCUGUUGUAUAUUGGUUGAAAACAAGUUUAAAGAAACUGAAAACCUGUUGUUAAAUAAUGCAUGACAAUUGCCUAAGUAGUCAUGUACUUUCAAAGAUGCCUCAUUUUCAGAGUAUUUCAACGUUUUAUUCUGUUUUCCUUACCCUUCAUAAUUAAUUUGGAAAUAAAAAAAUAACUUUC